UCGUGCCCGGGGCGUGCCCGACCACCCGCCGGGCUGCCUCUGGCCAGGCCUGGGGCCGGCUGGAGCCCUACAGGAGGCUGGGUGCUGGUGCAGACGACGCCGCUACUCCAGCCGGCUCCGGCCUCCGGUGUUCACUCUCAUCUCUCGGCUUUGUUCACGUGUUCUGGUGUUCACGGCUCGGAGAGCAGCUGUGUGACUAGUUAAUACAGGUAACACGAUGUCUCCUCCAAUUUACGCUGACCUCGGCAAAUCUGCCAGAGAUGUUUUCGGCAAGGGUUAUCACUUCGGUGUGCUGAAACUUGAGUGCAAGAGCAAAACUGCCACCGGUGUAGAGAUUACAGCGGGCGGCUCCAACGUGCUCGAGUCUGGCAAGGUUGCUGGCAAUCUUGAAACAAAGUACAAAGUGAAGGAACAUGGGUUGACUUUCACCGAGAAGUGGAACACAGACAAUACUCUGAACACAGAAGUGGCACUGGAAGACAAGGUAGCCAAGGGCCUCAAGCUUGUCCUCAACACCACCUUUGCUCCCCAGACUGGGAAGAAGUCUGGAGUGCUUAAGUCUACAUACAAGACUGAUGCAUUGUCAGUUAAUCUAGAUUCCACAUUAGAUCUUGGUGGUCCAGUUGUGAAUGGUGCUGCUGUGGGUAGCUACAAGAAUUGGCUGGUUGGUUAUCAGAUGUCUUUUGAUACUGCCAAAUCCAAGCUUACAAAGAAUAACUUCACUGUUGGGUUCACAAACCCAGACUUCAUACUUCACACGUACGCUAACGAUGGAGCCGAGUUUGGCGGUUCCCUCUUCCACAAGAUUCAUCCCGAAUUGGAGGGUGCCGUCGACCUGGCUUGGUCUGCUGGAUCUAACACCACGCGCUUCUCCAUUGGCUGCAAGUACUCCCUGGACAAGGAUGCUGCUGUGCGAGCUAAAGUUAACAACAAUUCACAGAUUGGCUUAGGGUAUCAACAGAAGGUGCGCGAUGGCAUCACACUCACACUCUCCACACUCAUCGACGGAAAGAACUUCAACCAGGGCGGGCACAAAGUUGGUCUAUCCAUGGAUCUGGAGGCCUAACUUGUCAAGGUUGUAUAUGUUGGGGUUAUGUGACCAUUAUAUGCCGAGUAUUCCUGGAGAGGGUUGAGAGCCAUGGGGACUAGGCUCCUGUGGGGUGAACUGUUGAUGAGGGCAGCUACCUCUGCCCUAUUUCAGCGGGAAAGUGUCCUCGUAUGCCAAGUCCUAGAUUCCAGUAGUGUAAAUGAGUGCUGUACAUUAAACAUUGACCUGACCCACUGUACAUUAUUAAAGAUUUUUAUCUUCAUGGGGUGGCAACUUCAACAAGUUGAGUUGGGGCUCAUUUUUGCAGCUGUGAAGUUGAUUGUCUCAAUGAAAUGUCCUUAAUAAAAUUUAAAUGGUCUUGACACUUUUUCUUUUUACCAUAUUCCAUCAGUCCUAGUUUAAGUACAUGAUUAUUCUAAAGAAUCCAUUCCUAGCUGUUGAAAAUAUCUUGAUUCCUCGGAAUCAUUCAUUAGUAUGUGUCGCACUUUUAUCAGUGAUUUGUGUAGAUAAGUGGCAGUGUACAGUGGAAGCAACGUUCUUCUGUAUUAAUAAUGGGGCAUAGCAUGCAUGCAGUCAAUAGGUUCAUUAGUCAUUCUCAUCCUAAUUUUGUGAUCAGCUUUGUGCCCUUUUUCUAGUCCGGUGAAAGAUUCCCCAUUACAGUGUCCCAUUUUGUAGAAUUGUUUUUGGGUUGGUAUUAACGUUUGUAUACAAACUGUGCAAGCACUAAAUUCUUGUACUGGCUUUGUUACCAAGUAAUAAUUACCUUAAAUUAUUUAACAUAAAACAAUGCUUUUAAGUAUUAAAUAUUUAACAAAAUUGAAUAUACUUGUUUUGUUUGAGCACUUGGAGUAAUUUUGCCGUAAUAUCGUGACUAGCCCGGUUUCCUAUACUGUGUAAUGUUAUAUACUGAAUAGUUCAUUUAUUUGCAACUUGAUGAAUGUGCAAAUGUGUCGACUAAGUCUUGACGACAAUGUUCCUUUAGUGUUAAUUUUGUCAAAAUUGAUGGAAGGUACGUAGAAAUUAAAAAACAUCUGUCUCGUGUGUGAAUGUUGUACAGCAAUUGAUUUCCUAAUUUCGUUUUUCAUUCUUUAUUUUUUAAUUCAUCCUGUUUUCUGUGUAAAAAUUGCUAAUUCCAUUUCCCCGUCCUGCAGCUUACGUCAACCGCACUGACAUGUAUAUGUGGCCUCUUCUCUUGUACCUUCAAUAAACUUGCCAGAAUUGA